CCUGCUUCUUAGGGGUUUUAAACUUGUCCAAAUCAUUUUUUCUCCCCCCCCAAUCGCUAUAGAUGUCGCUCCCCGAUUCUUCUUCCUCUUCUUCUCCGCCUGUGACCCGCGAAGAAACCGGUUAUAUCCGUUUUGAACACGGCCAAGAUAACGGCUUUGACCAUCGUGAUCGACCUCCAUGGAACCGCUCCGAGUACGAUUAUCGCCAUGGGAGCAUCGUUGCAUCGGAGAACCCGAGGAAUACCUCGACGUCUUCCGAAGAUCCUUGGUCUUGCGUUGUCGUCGUCGCUACCUUCUGUGUCUUCGUGUCGAUGACUUUGAUUUUGGGGCUUUACGGAACAACGAACGUGUGGUUGGGACCAAACUCCUCCUUCCUCAUUAAGCCAACUUCGGUUUUCGUCCAAACUGUCAUUGUGGAAGAAUUAGGGAAUAAGGGAUCCGGUUUGAUGCUCUACGGAUUGAACCAACCCCCACAGCUCCAUGUCCUGGCCAAUUGGUCUGAAGUCCACUAUUUAGCUGUGCCUAAUGAUUCUUACAAGUAUUGGAUACAGUAUCUGAACAAGGGGUCACGCGUUAAAGUUUCUUACAAUGUUGAAUCUCUGGGCUCUUCCCUCUAUCUUGUGAUUGCCCAAGGUGUGGAUGGGCUCUCCGAGUGGGUGCAAGACCCUACGCGUCCAGACACUACAUUAUCAUGGCAUCUCAUCUCUGAUAGUGGUUUCAUUGAGCAGGACAUAACUAAGUCGUCGAGUUAUUACAUUGCAGUGGGCAACGUAUACCUGAAUGAAGUCAAGGCUACGAUAGACAUUCAAGUUGAAGGGGUAUUGUACGAUACUACCAAUGCUUAUUACAAAUGCACGUUUCCUAACGACAAGUGCACUUUAAGUGUUCCAUUAUUUGGAACUAAUGCUGCUGUACUAACCUCACCAGGUCCAAAGCUGAAUACUUCUAAGAAUGAGUUCUGUGCAAAGCUCUCGUACGAGCCAAGGUGGAUUGCCUACAUAGUUUGCAUGGUUGUAGUGACAGCACUCUUGUUGAUUUUAUCUAGUGUCUUCAAUAAAAGACAACAAGCAGUCCCUGAAAACGAGGAAACAGCUGAUGAGAAUGAUGAUGUAGCUCCUCUGAUUCCGGGAAAAGACGAUGAUAACUCGAGCUGGUGCUCGUCAUACAGCUCAAUCUUGACAAGUACUGAGGAACUAGAAGGUGCACACGGAGAUGGCCAGAGCAGUACAAGAUAUCUGUGUGCGAUUUGCUUUGAUGCGCCUAGGGACUGUUUCUUCCUCUCUUGUGGACACUGCGUUGCUUGCUUCCAGUGCGGGACACGGAUAGCUGAAACAUCGGGAUUCUGCCCAGUAUGUCGUAGGAAGAUCAGGAAGGUGAAGAAGAUCUUCAACGUCUAACAAAAUCAAAAGUCCAGAGGGAAUCAAAUUAACACACAGUGCGCAGGUUGUGUGAUGUUUUUUCUUUUAUCUUUUUGUUGUUGUUUUUCUCACAGUACCAUAUUUGUAUAGAGGUAAAAGAGUGUGGAAAGGGGAUAGAGAAAGACCCAAGAUGAUGGUUGGUUUUAUAAUUGGGUCUGUCUGUGUAUAUGAUGAUGUGGACUCUUUAACAUUUCGGUUUGGUUGUACUACUUGUAACCAUAUUUCAUGAUGGAGUCCGGUUAAGU